GGGCGGAAGUGAAAAGUGACAGAAAAUAACAGUCUUUCGAAACCGAAAUUGGCAAUCGACUGUGGAUGUUCUGUGAUACUUAUGGCAAACCGAUUAGGGGAGAUUAAUUUUACAAGCCAAGAGUUAUUUUAAUGAAGUAAUUUUGGUUACAUUUUGCGUAGGAGACGAGAUUUUCCUAAUGAAUCAUGCAAAGGUAUCCUCUAUUGCGAUGUUGGCACGAAGUCAAUCGUAGACAAUGAAUUCGUACAGUUUACUUCCCUUUCACUCGAUAUUAUUUUCGUUGCUGUCCUCUACCUACGUUUCCUCGCUAGGAAAUCAUUCUCGAGCUUCAUUUGUCACAAUUGAACCAGGGAGCCCUGACAAUUCAUACUUUGUCUUAAGGGGCUCUGUAUUUCUGUUAAACUGCACUGUAAGAUCUGGAUUUGGACAAAGCCCUAAUGUAUCCUGGAAGCACAAUGACAAAUGGUUGUUUGAUCGAGUGAAAAAAAUUGAUGAUUCAACAGUUCAGUUGCAAUUAUUGAAUGCAAGUGCCCAUGAUAAUGGAAUUUACUGGUGUGGUCCAGUAUCUGGUGAUAAAUCCCAAGGAGUAAAUAUCUCAGUCACUGUGGCAGAUCCACCAAGCUCCCCACGGAAUUUAAACCUCAAAAUCUAUGGUUAUUAUCCAUUUAUAGAUGUCUGGAUACUGUGGUCAUCUUCCAGCUAUACUGGUGGUUUACCUGUGAACUACUCCAUCAAAUUGUGCAAUGACAAACCUGACAACUCAUGUCAGAAAACUGCCUGCAGGUUGAUCAACAUAAAAGAAUGCCAGCCUGUAAACAUUCUCAGCACUACAAUGAAUUUCAAGUGUAUUCUGAAAACUUUCUUAGAUGCCUGUGACUAUAAUAUUUCUGUUAUGGCCACAAAUGCUGUUGGAAGUGCACAAAGUCUAAUUUACCUGCCAUAUAUCUCUAUAAGUUCAGUUACACCCAAGCCUCCUGAAAAUUUUAGUGUUGAGCGCACAGAUAAAGAGGGUGAAUUACGUGUGCGUUGGAAAGCCAGACUAUCUUGGGAUCUAGCCGACCAAAAUUAUACAGUGCUCUAUCAUGCCAAAGGGGAGAUUAAAAAUAGGACAAGCACUAGAUCCAAUAAAGAAUUUACACUGCUCACUGGACUGAAAGACUUUACAGAGUAUUAUGUUUAUGUUGUGGUCAGAUUAGAUGAAUCAGCCUGGAGUGAAGCCAUCGGGCCAAAAAUUGUCAGGACAAAAGCAGGCUAUCCAGUCAAUCUACCAAAGGUGAUAAGAGAUUAUUCGAUAUCCUUUCCGGGCAAUUCUGGUCUCAGGAAUGUAUCAGUGGAAUGGGAGCCGGCAGAUACCUCAUCAUGGCGGGGCAAUCCUGGUCAGUACGUGAUUUCAUGCGCAUACCAUGUUGGCCAGAGGGAAGUUAAAGGUUGUAGUUAUACUACUGAUGCCAAAGCAACCAGCAUUACUUUACCAAGAUUGGAAAAUGCGCACAGCUAUGAUGUCUUCAUGAUCAUGCGUAAUAUGGAAGGAAAGUCCAGCACACGCAGAUUGUUUCAUGUCAUUAAGAAAGUGCAAGAGACCCAAACGACAACGACCCAAGAAAGAAAAUUAAGUAGCGUAGAAAUUGCCGGGCUUACUAUUUCAGUUCUCGUAGGAUGUACGAUAGCUGGAGUUGCUGUUUACUUUGUAAGAAAAUGGGGACGCCGGCAAACACCUCUGAUGCCCUUGAAGGACAUUCAGCUAGAGCCGCCGCCGGUAGAGUAUGACUACAUCGCUGAAGCGGACAGCAAAGACGCUAAUGGGGACUACAGUCAACUCUAUGACAAGUAGUAUUGGUGUGAUUGAUAUCGGGUGACUGUCACACGCGAAUAAGUGUUUUCAAAUAAUAACUGUUGAUCCUUUCUCUCCCAAAAUAGGAUUCCUAAUGCUCAGUUGGAUAUAAAGAGUUAAAAAAAUACCAGAAGACUGGUUAGCAGAGGUGACUGGUUAAUAAAAAUGACUGACAAGGAUUAGUGGACGAGCAAUCCCUGCUUUUAGGCGAACUCUGGGUCCGUCAGUGGAAAACAAAUUGAUGUCAGUGCGCCGCGCGGAACUCUGGGAGUCAGACGCCCUAGCAUCCAUUUUUUUCCUCUAAUUGUGUUUUAUCCGCACGACGAACUUCUCCGAAAUGCAGGGAUUGCUCUUAGUCUAGGCAACAAGUGAAGAUUAAAAAAAAUAGCGAAAAACAGAAAAUAAAACGGCGAUGCAAUAUAUGUUGGAGGCUCUCGUGGAGAAUCAGCGGAACGCUUAUAUUGAUCUGUUGGUUCAAAAUGAUUGGAAUAGUUUUAAAUGCUGUGCUUGGACUGUGAAGCGAAAAAGAUAGCAGUCACAUUUAAACAAAGAAUCUGUUGGGUUUACGAAGCAGUCACCUCUGCCACCCAGGGGGAAGAUCAAUUAAUGAAUCUUCUCUGUGAAAACUUGAAGCUUCCGUUUGAAAUAGUUUUAUAGCGAUUCCAGAAGAAUUAAGAGAAAUGUUAAAAGGAAAAAUUCGUGGCACUUAAGAUAAUCUUUGUUCCUCUAAAUUACCUCAAGAAUUAAGGUAAGCAGAGAAAAAAGAGAUUAACGAAAAUUUUCGGUUCGUUCUAAACGAAUGAAAAGUCUAAUUUUUAUAUAUCUUUAACUAUCUGAAAAAUUGCGUGUAAUCAGUUCAUGAAGUUAUAUAGUUUCUAAUUGAGAAGCUUCCUGAAGUUUUUACUACAACUCAUUUCUAUGCUAAAAUUCACUCUCGUAAAAUCUUAGAAAAAAUGAAUUGCACAUUCGUAUGUGUCGGAAAAAAGAUUUUUCAUAAAUGUUCACUGAUUGAUUUGCGAAACGAUGCUUUUCUCUGUAUUUGCUCUUUAUAAAAAAUUCAACCACGUUAGGCAUUUUUCCAACCCUCUUCAGUGCAUUCUAUGUUAUUUCGCGAUUCAAAGAGAAGAACACUGGCUCUAGAUCUUAUUUCGAACGGCUGUUUUUAUAGAUCCUUAAAUUAUUGUAGUAGUUUUUUUAUCUCAUAUUAUAAUUUUUAUAGCGAUUAGAAUCUUAUUAUAUAAGAAAAGUUAAUUAGAGUCAAUUUCAAUUGAGUGUCUUAAAGUAAUCCGAAAAUGCAUUGGUUUUGCUUUAAUUCGGUCUAUGUUUGGUCCAAAAAACUUGCGUCACUCUCAACCAAUCAGAUGCAAAACUGAAGUUAAUCAUGACUACGUCGCCCACGUUUUCCCGCGCUUUGGCAGUUUGCCUCGUUUAGUUUGAGUCCUCUGUUCUAAUUAGUCAUUUGGUUUUGCGACACUCAAUCGAGAAGCGCUCUGAAAGUUACUUUUCGUAAUGUAUAUACUUAGAAAUAGUUAUAAGCCCGUAGUUUAAGAUCCAUGAUUUGGUGGAAUUCCUCAAUCUCCUACCCCAGGGGUCUCCUGGUCCCGCAUUAUCUUUUCCCUUUGAUAUGUUCGACCUCCGCUACCUCAGAACUCCAUUCAAGAUGAAGUUUAAUUAGCAGGAUCGUACCGACUUAUACGAAUUACAUUUGUACUGGCACAGUUUGUGCAUAGAGGCUUUGUAAACUUUUUUUUUUUUUUCUUUAAUAAGUUAAAUUUUCAAGUUACUUUUCUCUGCUCUGCUUUGCUUUUGUCGACAUCAAAGGAAAGAAAGAUGAAAAUAAACAAAGAAGCUGGAGAAAAAGCGUUUGAUUCAAAAUAAUAUUUUUUGUGAAUAAAUUUUUUUAAUCAUCAGUUGCUGUUGCUGUGUGUAAGUCUCCUAAUUGACGUUAACUCCCAGAAGUGAUUUACAUGAAACUUCUCUCUACAGUAUCCUUACAUUGU